GAUUGAGUCAUGCAUGUACUCCAAAUAAUAUUUCGAUAACGAUAUAAGGAAAUUGACAUUGUGUGUAUGUGAUUUGUAAAAUUCUCAAAAUUUAAGUUUGUUUGAAAAUAUUUGUUGAAAUGGCUAGUGCAGGAAAAAAGGGUAAAAAAAAUAAAGGAACCGUUAUAUCCUUGCAAUCGUUUUUAUCUAAUUCCGAUGCACCAGUCGGAACUACUCAAGUUUCAAAGAAAAUUCGAAAUUUUGAUGGUGAAGACAGCGAUGAAGGAAGUGGUUCCUUGCCUUUAAUUUAUCAGCUUCCAACAGCGCCAAGGGCAAAUCGAAUAUUUGAUGAUAACUCUAUUCCUCAUAAGGCCCCGUUUAUUGCUUAUAUCAAUAACUUGCCAUUUGAUGCAAAUGAAGACGACCUCUAUGAGUUUUUCGGAGGAAUUAAUUUAGUUUCUCUGAGACUUCCACGUGAAGAUGGCGAAAACGGCCGGUCAAGAGGCUUUGGCUAUGUUGAGUUAGAAAGUCGAGAAGAUUUAAUUCAGGUACUAAGUUUACCAGAUCCGUCUAUUAAAGGUCGUCGCAUUCGCAUUGAGCUAUCCAAUGAGAACGAUCAGCAAAACCGUCAGAAAACUAACAGACGGUUUGAUGGCUUUGGUAAUAGCGGAGAAAAUAGAGACUCUGGAAACUGGAGGCGAGAUAGUCAAAAUAAUGGCAGUAGUUUUGGAUAUUCGUCCAAUUUUGAUAGAGGCUUUAAUAGGGAAAGGAAACCUUUGCCAGACAGAGAAGAAGCUAACACGCCUGGAUCCUGGCGUACAAGUGCCAGGCAGCAACAUAUUGAUUCGUCACCCUCCCGGGGUGAUUUUGACCAAGUAUCUGAAAAAUAUCGCGACGUUCGAGGCAGAAUUGCGGAAAGAUAUUCGCGGGAAGAUACUGCCAAGUUUGAAGAAAGGCCGAAACUAAAUUUAAAACCACGAACUCUACCAUUGCCAGAUAUAAAAAAAAUUGACUUUGAAAAAAUUGAUGUCGACGAAACAAAUUCAGCUACACAAAGUGCAACUUCAUCAAUAAACGUGUUCGGAUCCGCAAAACCGGUGGAUACAGCUGCGAGAGAAUUAGCUAUUGAGGAACGUUUAGCUCUAGCUAAAAAACAAGAUUUGAGUCGCCAAGAGGAGAUUUUAAGUGAUAAGCUUGGCGAGGUCCAAAUGGAUAAAAACGAUAACGAAAGUAUAAAUGCAGCCGCUAGUUGGCGGCAGAGUCAAGACAAAAAGGAGGACAAGACAAUUAAGUCUCAAGAUGAAAAGCACCGUGGAGAAGUAAAUCAUAAAUUAAAUAAUUCCCGGGAUCAAGUCGGCAGGCGUGAAAUUUUAAAAGGAAAAGCCUAUACAAACGGGGAGAGCAAAAUUGAGGAGGAUUGCCAAUUUGAACGAGAUUCUCGUGAAGACCGUUCACUGCCAAAAACUAUUUGCCAGUAUGAACCAGUUGUGCAAUCUCCUAAUGUAUACUCUGGACUUGACGAUGGAGGAUCGGAAUAAGAAAUUUGUAUGGUUCUUAUAAAUAAAAAAAAAAUAAAGAAACAUAUAUAGCAUAA